UCUGCGCCGGCCGGCACGCCAGAUGCACGCGUGUGACGCGAUCGCUUCUAACUUAUACGUGACACUACGAAUACAAAAACUUGUUUUCUAACAGAAAAUUAUCUGAAGUUAACAAAUAUAUUUUCUUUAACCACAUACUUUUGUUAUAAUAAAGUGAUCAUACUUAUCUGACAUAGUGAGUUGUUUAUUUUUUUGUGUUAACUGCAACGUGUUUGGUUCAACGGACUACGGAGGAGUGUAUUCGAAGAUAUGCCCUCGAACAAUGUUAUUGAUCAGACUCUCACAUAAUUAAAGUGUUCAGUGAUAAAUUACAGUUUCUGAAAAUGUAUCAAUUGAACGUUAGGACUAUGGGGGCCUCAGCAGUUGUGGUACGGUGGUUUAUUUACCUGCUCGUUGGACUAGGGUGGCAGGUUCGAUCACAAACUGUAGAACAACCAACUAUAGUGGACAAUUCCUAUAAUAUGUACUACGAGCAACCAUGCUGUACUGGAACAAUUACUAAAAAUAAAUACCACAUGAGACACAGGCGAGAUCACGUUCGGGAAUUCUCCUGUGGCACUCUCUACUACAGAACCUUCUUCGUUGACUCCAAACGAGAUGCACUCUACGUUGGCGCUAUGGACCGAUUAUAUCGGUUAAAUAUGAACAAUAUCAGCUCGUCACAUUGUGAAAGAGAUUCAAUAAACCUGGAACCAAGUAACGUAGCCCAAUGUGUAUCAAAAGGAAAGUCAGAGCACUUCGACUGCCGCAACCAUAUUCGAGUGAUCCAGCCAAUGGGUGACGGCGGGCGGCUGUAUGUAUGUGGCACUAACGCUCACAGCCCUAAGGACUGGGUGCUAUAUUCGAACCUGACACACCUGCCUCGUCACGAGUACGUGCCGGGCAUGGGUAUGGGUGUCGCCAAGUGUCCCUACGACCCGGCGGACAACUCCACAGCCCUUUGGGUGGAGAGAGGCAACCCUGGCAGCCUCCCGGCCCUGUACUCGGGGACAAACGCAGAGUUCACAAAAGCAGACACCGUCAUAUUCAGAACUGACCUGCACAACUUGACGACAGGAAGAAGAGAGUUUUCCUUCAAACGGACAUUAAAAUACGAUUCAAAAUGGCUUGACAAACCGAACUUCGUGGGAUCAUUCGAUGUCGGCGAGUAUGUUCUUUUCUUCUUCCGGGAAACAGCAGUGGAAUACAUCAAUUGUGGAAAGGCAGUAUACUCAAGAGUGGCAAGAGUAUGCAAACGAGAUACCGGUGGAAAAAAUAUACUCAGCCAAAACUGGGCUACAUACCUAAAAGCAAGACUGAACUGCAGUAUACCCGGAGAGUUUCCGUUUUACUUUAAUGAAAUACAAAGCAUCUACAAAAUACCGAGCGACGACAACCGUUUUUAUGGAGUAUUCACAACAGCCUCUACCGGUCUUAUGGGUUCUGCCAUUUGUACGUUUACCGUCAGUGACAUUCAGAAGGCAUUCGAGGGCAAGUUUAAAGAACAAGCCACUUCCAGUUCGGCCUGGCUUCCAGUCAUCAGCAGCAAAGUACCGGAGCCCAGACCUGGCACUUGUGUCAAUGACACGUCAUCACUACCAGACACAGUACUAAAUUUUAUUAGAUCUCAUCCACUAAUGGACAGCGCCGUCUCCCAUGAGAAUGAAAAGCCUAUUUACUACAAAAGAGAUCUGUUCUUCACCCGACUGGUGGUGGACAAAGUUAAAGUCGAUAUGCAGGGCCAUCAGCUUGACUACACUGUAUACUACGCCGGCACAAAUGAAGGGAAGAUUCACAAAAUUGUACAAUGGAUUCGGAACGGCGACAGUCAAUCAACUCUACUUGAUAUUUUCGACGUGACACCUGGUGAACCAAUUCAGGCGAUGGCUAUCUCCCGUACACACGGUUCCCUCUACGCAGCAUCAGACAAACGCGUACUACAGCUACGACUGGCUCUAUGUGCACGCCGCUACGAUGCGUGCGUAAGAUGUGCCCGAGACCCUUACUGUGGCUGGGAUCGAGAAGCCGGCGUUUGCCGAGAAUAUGCCCCUGGAUUAAUUCAAGACGUGGUGAAUGAAACUGCCGAUAUUUGCGAUUCGUCGAUUACCCGUAAAAGCGUUUCUGCUACAUGGGGACAAAGCCUCCAUCUCGGCAGUUUCGUGAAGAUGCCUGAGGUGUUACAUCCGAGAGCUGUUAUGUGGUAUCAUUACUCAAGAGACAAAGGAAAACAUGUCAUUACGUUUAACAAACCAGAGAAAUACAUAGAGACAUCUGAACAUGGCCUUCUAAUAAUAUCAGUGAAUGAAGGGGACGCAGGCAGAUAUGAUUGCUUCCUAGGAGGAUCCCUGCUCUGCUCUUAUAACAUUACAGUUGAUAUACACAGAUGUUCUCCUCCGGAGAAGAGCAAUGAAUACCAGAAAAUAUAUUCCAAUUGGUGUCAUGAAUUUGAAAAAUAUAAAAACGCGAUGAAAACUUGGGAGAGGAAACAAGAGCAGUGUGCAAGACAGAACGACUCAAAUCAGAAUUCGCAUCCGAACGAAAUAGUGUGAUAGCUUCUAAACAUCGCCUACCUCAUGUUUCAGUCGGUUAACUAUUACGCUGGUGCAAUACCGAUACCUUACGUGUCGGCCGGUCUCAAGUAUUUCAACAUAUUCUCAUAAUAAAUUCCGUCAGCAAGCAUCCGCUACAAAAUGCUAGUGAUCUAAGAGACUUCGGCGGCUAACGAACAAAGUGUGUUGAGCUGAAGUCUAGACCUACCUAAGCAAGUGUGAAAGCCCUAGAUUUUGUAAAGACAUUAAGAAAGUGCAGUGAAAACAGACUAUGCAUUGUUCCAACCACACUGGGAACAUGAGUUGGUGAUUAUAUUAGACACUCAAAAUUUUUAUGGACAUAUUAUUAAAAUUUAACUAUAGAGUAAAAUACGAGCGUUGUGCGUUGCUUUGUUGGAUAUGGAAUGUAAAAAGAUUUUAGGAAAAGUGAUUUUGAAAUUGUAAGUACGCUUUGUUUGUUGGUAUAAGGUAUAGAGAAAUUGUUAGGAUUAUUGAAUGGAAUUUUUGAUAUCGAAAUGAAAUGGUAAUGUAUUGUGUGUGCUCCUGGCACAAUUUUAAUUGGUUGUACCCGAUCGGUCGGUCCUGUCUGACGGAUUCUGACAUAUUGACGCUUGAGUUUUUUUAUUGUGGUUAGUGGGGUUGUAGUACCGACAUACCGGUGUCAAUUUUGCCUAACAUCGACCCGACCGACCGAGUGUCAAAUCGUGUCAUAUAAAUAGUUGAUUUCGAUACAUCGUCGUGACCAAAUCGUAGAAAAAAUGCCGAUUGUUACCUUAAAAGUAAUUAGUAAUAAUAUUAUUGGUUUUUUUAAUUUUUCAUGUUUACAUUUGUAUAGACACCGUAAUGUUAUACGCAAACAUUGAUAAUACAAAUACAGAACAACAGUAAUAGUUUAAUAUUUCAUGGAAUGUAAACGUUUUAUGAAAUUAUCGCAUUCUUUAUGCAUUGAUUUAUUCUACGAAUUUGUCAUGACAAGUACUGUUGCUUGUCCUUUGCAUUUAAUAGAAGUUUAAUUUAUUCCAUAAUACUCAAAUUAAUUUACUUUACGUACGCAUGAUUUAUAUGAACAUGAAUAAAUAUAACCCGUUAAAAAAAUAUUUACUAAUAUUAAUAUUUUGUUGCCAUUAGGUGUUAUUAACUAAUUUCAUAAAGAAGGAAGUUGAAUUACAUUGUAUUUUCAUAUGUAUAUAUUAUUUCAAGAAAGAAGUCGAUUGUUUAUAACAUCUCACAUUAUUUAUUACUUACCAGUUUGAACAUGUAGUCUGUGCAACAUAAUAUUUGUUUGUUAUUUAAUAAUAAUUAAAUGGUAUUGUAUUGUACUCUCGUACUAAUGAGUGGAGUACAAAGAUACGCAUUGCCGUGUAGCCAUACCGCGGUCGUAAUUUGAAAUCUCCGAGGGUUGUGGGAGGGUUUGCCUCAUUAUUUUUCCCCUAUUUGUGUAAAUAGUUACCUAAUUUUGUUCAACUGUAUCUACUAAUAUAAGUGUACGUAUAGGAUGCACGUCCCUAAUAGUAAUGAAUAUUAUUUAAGCCUGUGAUAUAUAAGAAAUUCGUUUAGGAAAUAUACUUUUUGGAAAUGUAACGUAACAAAAUUAUAGGUUAUUUCGAUUUUUUUAUAUGUAGUAUGUAAUGCACCUACUAUUUAAAAUUCGUGCGAUUGCUAGAUAAGCCGGAAUUUAGAACAAAAUUUACCAUAUAGCAAUAAUAACAAUGCUUUUAAUUUCAUCGUCUUAUCUCUAUGGAAAGAAUUACAGCUAUUGCCUUUCUAAUUGACGUCAGAAAUAUUAUGUUUAUAUUAGAGCAAGACAAGAGUCAAGUGGGAACACUAGGAGCAAUAAUAGCAACAGUCAAAAACAGUUAAGAAA